GUAGGCAGAAAUAACAGCACCCACACGCCAUCAUGUUGCUCUUCUUACUGUACCCUUAAUCCAGGCAGCGGAAAAAAAACGAGUUCACACCGAACCCGAACCCGAACCCGGACACACAGCUCACUCACAGCAAGAGCUUGGCAUGCUUUUAAAGUGGUCUAGGGAUGCCCAAGGAGAAAUAUGAGCCGCCGGAUCCCAGGCGGAUGUACACGAUAAUGACCAGCGAGGAGGCAGCAAGUGGGAAAAAAUCUCACUGGGCCGAGCUCGAGAUAAGUGGUAAAGUCCGGAGUCUAAGCUCUGCCCUGUGGUCGCUCACUCACCUCAGCGCUUUGUAUCUCAGUGACAACUCGCUCUCACGUAUCCCCCCCGACAUCGCCAAGUUACACAACCUCGUGUACCUUGACCUGUCGUCCAAUAAGAUCAGGAGCCUGCCAGCUGAGCUCGGCAACAUGGUGUCUCUCAGGGAACUGCUUUUAAACAACAACCAGUUGCGGGUUCUACCUUUUGAAUUGGGGAAACUGUUUCAGUUGCAAACACUGGGGUUAAAAGGAAAUCCACUUGCACAGGACCUCAUGAGCCUCUACCAGGAACCAGAUGGGACCCGCCGGCUGCUGAACUACCUUUUGGACAAUCUCGCCGGUGCUAUAAAACGCAUCCCAGCUGAGCAACCGCCGCCCAGGUCAUGGCUUGUACUGCAGGAGCCGGAGAGAGUCACACCUGCAGCCAUGUUCUCAGUAAUGUGCUACAACGUACUGUGCGAUAAGUACGCCACACGCCAGCUCUACGGAUACUGCCCUCCCUGGGCUCUCAACUGGGAGUACAGGAAGAAGUCCAUCAUGCAAGAAAUCCUCAGCUGCAAUGCUGACAUCAUCAGCCUACAGGAAGUGGAGACGGAACAGUAUUAUAACUACUUCCUGGUGGAGCUGAAAGUGCAGGGUUACGAGGGAUUCUUCAGUCCAAAGUCCCGAGCAAGAACCAUGUCCGAGUCCGACAGGAAACACGUGGACGGGUGUGCAAUAUUCUACAAGACCGAGAAGUUCAGUGUGGUGCAGAAGCACACGGUGGAGUUUAACCAGCUGGCCAUGGCGAACUCGGAGGGCUCGGAGGCCAUGUUGAACCGCGUCAUGACCAAGGACAACAUCGGAGUGGCGGUGCUGCUGGAGCUACGCAGGGAAAUCAUGGAGAUGUCAUCGGGCAAACCUCUACUCAGCCUGGAGAAACAGCUCCUUCUGGUGGCCAAUGCCCACAUGCACUGGGACCCUGAGUACUCUGACGUGAAGCUGGUCCAGACCAUGAUGUUCCUGUCUGAGGUGAAGAACAUUGUGGAUAAAGCCACACGCAGCCUCAAGCUCUCCUCCAUUUCUGGAGAAACCAACGCCAUCCCUCUGGUGCUGUGUGCUGAUCUCAACUCGCUGCCUGAAUCUGGUGUGGUGGAAUUCCUGAGCACAGGAGGCGUAGACUGUACGCACAAAGACUUUAAAGAGCUGCGCUACAGCGACAGUCUGACCAACUUCAACUGCAACGGGAAGAACAGCUCAUCCACCGGCAGGAUCACGCACGGCUUUAAGCUCAAGAGUGCCUACGAGAACGGGCUCCUGCCUUACACCAACUACACCGCCGACUUUAAGGGUGUGAUUGAUUAUAUCUUCUGCUCUGAGCCUCAGCUGAACAUUUUGGGUGUCCUGGGACCUCUGGAUCAUGAGUGGCUUUUGGAGAACAACGUCAGCGGCUGCCCGCACCCCCACAUCCCGUCGGAUCACUUCUCCCUGUUUGCACAGCUGGAGCUGCUCCUGCCCCAGCAUUCCCCCAUCAAUGGGGUGCACCUGCCUGCGCGCAGGUAGUCAGGGGGGCGCCACUGCACACUCCCACCUCUGACACGUUCUUCUGGCAACUUACUGAAAAACGACCGAACCUCUAACGACGCCAUUUUCUUUGUGCUUAUUACUAUUAUUAUUAUUUUUCAAUUCAUGAAUGUCUUUUCUCUCUCUCUUUUUUUUUUUUUUUUUUAAACUCAACGGAGCCAAAUUUGCUUCUAAACGCUAAAAGAGGCUCGGUUUCUUCUUUCCCAAUUGGUUUUUACACUCCUUUUUCUAGUCGUAUGCAUGGGGAAGGGUUUCUUUUCCGAUCACUACUUUUCUACAUCGCUUCAGUAUCGCUGUUCUCGUCCGGAAAACAAAACAAAAAGGCGUCAGUAGUUUGUAGGCACAUGGUCUCGUAUCAGGAUGCAGUUUGUGUAGUUUAGCUCGCACACGUCAGGUUUGUGACCGGCGUGCGCCACAAACACUUCAAGAAAGCCCGGGCUGAAGGAAACGGAGGUCAUAAUGCCAAUGGCAGUCAGAUGUUUAAUAAUCUAAAGCCAGCAAUGAUUCCUGAAUCCUCACCCAAGUGCAUUAAACCUCCUCGUUCCUUUUUAAGCCCUGAACGGAUUCAAAAAAAAAAAAAAUCUGACAAGCAAUAGCUCACAUCCGGUUUCGCUUUGGUUUUCUUUUGUUGUUCAUUUGUUUUGUAUAUACGUGUGCUCAGAUUUUAGCUUUCCUUCUAAUUGUCUUUUUAGAGAAGCUUCAAAAAGCAGAAGUGUUGGUGCCAGUCUUUUUUUUUUUUUUUACGUCCUGUGGGACUCCUGGAGUGUCUCGAGCUCACACAUUCACUCCUUUAAAAAGGUGCAAUAUUCUCAGCAGCGCGAUCCAUUUAAAGCGAAAAGCCGCGAGAAACGUUUUUAUACGAGUUCCAACGCGAAAAUUCCUCCAGUGCACUUAUUCCGAAAGGGUUACGAACACAGCGAUCGAUUGGCUUCAUGAAAUUCUGUUCGGAGCAAAGUAUUUGACUCCAUUGGCUCGAUCACUGAUUGCCCAUUUACUUCAUUUUAUUGUUUUAAUUUUUUUUGGAUUCUGCUAAUUGUUUAUCAUUCUUUUUCUUUUUUUUUCUUUUGCGUGACUGAGCUAUGCACCUGGGAAUGUUUUAGCUUUUACGAAAAACAUUGGAUGUGAGGUCACUGUGGUGCUCCCACACGCCGGAGAGGAGAGAGGCAUCGUGGAUGCCGGGAGAAGUCUUCAGCGGGUCUGUAUUUAACCAGCAUCCGUUCACUGUGUUUUGUGGAAAAGUGGAGAACAUUCCGUAUUUUUUCCCCCCUUACAAUCCGCUCGUAACUUCUCGAGGUGUGUAGCACUGUCUUUUGCGGCCAGUAGUUUUAUGCUUUCCUUCCCUUUUAUAUAUAUAUAUAUAUAUAUAUAUAUAUAUAUAUAUAUAUAUAUAUAUAUAUAUAUAUAUAUAUAAAACAAUUUACGAAUUUUAUAUAUAUAUAUUAUAUAAUGUAUACAUACAUUAAAUCUUUUAAUCUUCACUUGAUUGUAUAUGAGCCUCACGGAGAACUUUUUGUUUGUUUUUUUAAAGAUUUUUUUUGUUUUGUACUAUGGAUAAAUUAUGAUUUGGAUUUAAAAAAAAAAAAGAAAAAAAAAAAGAUUGUAUUGUUUAAGUGUGACUGCAUUUUUAAACACAGGAAUCAAAUUUACCAGCUUGUACAAAACAACAACAACAACAACAACAAAGGGUCGAAGAGGUUGUUCCAUGGUGUCAUCGCCACACACUUGCACUCUCGUUGUUUUUUUUGUUUUCCGUUCUCCCCGGUUCCUUCUUGUUCUAUUCAACCCUUCAUAAAAACCCGCAUCGUGCCUCGGUGUGUCCUUAUCUUGCACUACCAGUGAACACCUGUACAACCUCUCAUCCUUUUUUGUAACCAUUUUGGUCAUUUCCCGCUCCUGUAUAACACUUAGUUUAUUUUUUCCUGAACUACUGUACUACGCAAAGGAAUCAGGUCUGUAAUAUUACGACAAAAGAGUUAUUUUUGUAGCUAAAGCGUCUGUGGUAGGGCUCUGUAUAUCUUAACCUAGUUUUGAAACGCCACUCGUCGGUUUUGUUCCGCGCAUGUUCCGUAGGUCUCGCCCUCAUUUAUUUUUCCCGUAUAUUACAAACAGCUUAAUAAUCGCAUCCCGAUUCUGUCGGUGUCUUGCCGUAGUAGCUCUAGUAUGGCCAUAAUCUAUUUGUUGUUGUUUUUUUUUCUCCCUCCUGUAUAGUGCCACGUGGUGCGUUCUUCUUCUAUGAAGCCAUUUAGCGUAGAUUUUCCCCUCUUUGACUUCCUUUUGUUGAAGUGGACAGGGACAAGGGGCUUUUUUUUGUUUGUUUGUUUUUAAUUAUUGUUUUCUAGUAUCUCCGUCGACACGUUCAAAGCUUCAGGACCAAACUCCAAACUGCAGUCCGGUAAACCUCGACGGCGGGUUUAUCGCCACCGCGCUUUCUUUCUUUUACGCUUUUUUUUUUUUAGAAAGUUAGACGAAUCGCAUCAGUUAGCACUUGUUGGUUGACUCGAACCGAUGAAUUUAGUAACUGUUUUAGCUCGAACCAGUCCGUUUUUUUUUUUUAAGUUUGGUUUGGUUUGUUUUUUUCACCACGUGAUUGAUUUGUAAAUCGUUUUUAGCAGUUCCGGAUCCAGCAGGACAAUUGAUUUUUCAAUUCUGAACAACUUUUUUCUGCACCACAUCGUUUUUAAUGUAUUGUAAAUGACACCUUUUUUCCCCCUGAUUGUAGAUUUCAGUGGCUUUUUGUAAAGUGUGAAUAAAAAAAACGUGUAUUGCAUAUUUUCUUUCUAUAAACGA